UUAUUGGGGGCGUGUUUGGUGCAUUUCACGUGAUGUGCUAUGAAGCUAUGAUGUUGCUGCUCUGUUCACUCCUGAUUUUCUUUGGUUCUCUAUCAGGUGUUCUUGUGACUGGUGACGUAGUUAACGUUCAUUUAGUACCUCAUACUCAUGAUGAUGUUGGGUGGCUGAAAACAGUUGAUGAAUAUUAUUAUGGAGCUAACAACAGCAUCCAGCAUGCUGCAGUAAGGUAUAUACUAGACAGUGUUGUUGAUGAGCUGAGUAAGAAUAAGGACAGGACAUUUAUUUAUGUGGAAAUAGCAUUUUUUGUUCGUUGGUGGAGUGAGCAAACUGAUGAUACAAAACAAAAGGUUCAUGAAUUAGUGAGUAAUGGUCAGUUAGAGUUCAUUAAUGGUGGAUGGUGUAUGAACGAUGAAGCCUCUACUCAUUACAAUGGGAUCAUUGAUCAGAUGUCUAUAGGACUGAGGUUCAUUUCUAACACCUUUGGUGUACGUCCAUUGGUUGGUUGGCAGAUUGAUCCUUUUGGCCACUCUUCAUUUCAAGCUACUGCAUUCUCAUUGUUAGGUUUUGACAGUAUGAUGUUUGCUCGGAUUGACUAUGAUGAUAAAGCAAAGCGUCUUAGUUCAAAUAAUUUGCAGACAAUUUGGAAGAGUAGUCCCUCACUUGGAAGCAUUGCUGACAUUUUUACUGAAGAGUUGUAUCAACAUUAUUCUCCACCUCAUGAUUUCUGUUUUGAUAUUAAAUGUUCUGAUCCUCCUAUAAUGGAUGAUGAUAGUUUGUACGAUUAUAAUGUCAAACAAAGGGUCACUGAAUUCAUCGGUUAUGCACUUGAUCAAGCUAAGAUUUACAAAACAAACAAUAUUAUGAUGACAAUGGGAGAUGAUUUCCAAUAUGAAAAUGCUCGGGAAUGGUUUGAGAAUUUAGACAAGCUCAUAAAAUAUGCUAACAUGAAUGGCUCAAUCAAUGUGAUGUACUCGACUCCAUCAAAAUAUGUUAAAUAUGUCAAUAGCAACAAGGAUGUGACCUGGUCCACUAAAAGUGAUGAUUUCUUUCCUUAUGCUAGUGCACCACAUAGUUUUUGGACAGGAUAUUUUACUAGUAGACCUGCUUUGAAAGGUUAUGAAAGAUUAUGUAAUGCUCACUUGCAAGCAUGUAAGCAAUUGGAAGCUAUUCAUAAUGGACUUGGAGAUCAAGGGCCAUCUUCAAUCGAACUACAACGAGCAAUGGGUGUAGCUCAACAUCAUGACGCUGUCUCUGGUACAGAGAAGCAACAUGUUGCUGAUGAUUAUGCCAAGAGGCUUCAUGUUGGAGAAGUUGAGUGUCGUUCUGUAAUAGCAACUGUCCUCAAUGAUCUUGCAGCUAAAGGAAGUAAUGUACCUAAAAUGGACUUGAGUUUCUGUGAAUAUCUUAACAUCAGUGUGUGUCCAGUGACUGAGGGAGGAGAUUUCAGUAUGGUGGUGUAUAAUUCAUUGGGUCGUCCAUAUACUGGUAUGGUACAUAUUCCUAUUAUGAAGGAGAGUAUAUUAGUGACAGAUCCUGAUGACAUUGCUGUUCCUGUACAGGUUGUUCCUAUUAGUAAUGUAACUAAAUCAAUGUCAUUGGUUGUUACUGGUAAUGCAUCAGCUGAAUAUGUUGCUGUGUUUGAAGUGACUGAUGUACCUCCUCUUGGCUAUGCUAUAUACACUGGUAAAACUAGUAAUGGAGAUUAUUUAGAAUACACACAGCAGUCAUCAGUUAUAAAUAAUGUUAAAGAAGACGUAACUAUUAGUAAUAAGUAUUAUGAGGUUGAGUUUGAUGGAGAGUCUGGUCACAUUAAAUCAAUUACUAAUACUGUAUCCGGUAUAUCCAGCAGUGUCAGUCAACAAUUCUUCUGGUAUAAUGCUAGCACUGGGAAUAACAUUGAUACACAGAAUUCAAAUGCAUAUGUAUUUCGUCCCAACAGUUCAACGACAUUUCCUGUUGACAGUGGUGAUAAUUAUGCUGAAAUUACAUCUGUUACAGGCGAAUUGUUAUCUGAGGUUAGACAAGUAUUCUCACCAUGGGUGUCUCAAGUUGUUAGACUCUACAAGAACAUACCAGCGAUCGAGCUAGAGUACACUGUAGGACCGAUACCAAUAAACGAUGGUUUGGGUAAAGAAAUAAUAUCACAUUUUACAACUGACCUUAAAACUGACUCCACAUUUUAUACUGAUUCUAAUGGGAGAGAUAUGCAGAAAAGAGUGAGGAACUAUCGUCCGACAUGGACCUAUAACAAUACAGAGCCAAUAGCAGGAAACUAUUAUCCAGUUAAUAGUAGAAUUUUUAUAAGAGAUGAAGAGAAGAAUGUUCAGUUUACUAUACUUAAUGACAGAUCACAGGGAGGAGCUAGUAUCACUGAUGGCUCAAUAGAAUUAAUGGUUCACAGGCGCUUAGUUGUAGGAGAUGGUGCUGUUGGAGCAUUGAAUGAGACAGGAAUGAGUGGUGAUGGUUUAAUCAUUCGUGGAAAGCACCUACUGUUGCUUGAUAAUGUGGAUAACUCAGCACACACUCAGAGAAUGAUGGCAGAAGAAUUGUUAAUGAUACCAGAACUGUCCUUUACUUUUAAUGAUGGAAUAAAACUUGAAGACUAUAAUCUCAAGUAUAGUGGACUCUCUGCUCCUCUUCCUGAUAAUGUUCACUUAUUAACUCUUGAAUAUUUGGAUCAGUCAACAAUUCUUCUUCGUUUAGAUCAUCAGUUUGAGUCCAAUGAUCCUGGGAAAUGGUCAACUACUAUUGAUGUUAAACUAAGAGACUUAUUUGUUGCAUUCACAAUCAAAGAUGUAACUGAAUUAGCAUUAGGAGGAAAUGUAGCUUUAUCUGAUAUUAAGAAACUACAGUGGCAGACAUCAACUGAUGAAACAGUUCCUGGUCCUUUUAAUCCCCCUCCUGUGGCUGGUCCUGAUUUUAUUGUAUCACUCUCUCCAAUGAUGAUACGUACAUUCAAUAUUACCGUUGAGCCAAAGAUUAACUAAAUUUUUCCUUCUAAUGUGCUUUGAUUUCAAAUUAAAUCCAUUUGCUUCUUUUGGCCUUUUACGUAUUAUGUAAUGCAACUGCAUUGUGUUAAAAUUCAAUGUAUUUUUAAUGUAUUUUUAAUUGAAUUUAUUCACCACUGCAUUAGUGUUUGUAAUACAAAAUUUUCAUUUAGCAA